AUGCGUUCUUCUCACCUCAAACACCAUUCAUACCCAGGGUCUCCCGCGUAUCCGCUCUCACCUGGGUCGCCUUCAGAUAGUGAAGACCUAUGCUCCCCUCUCACCUCCUCCUCCGGUUCUUACAUGACAGCGGACGGAGAUAGCCGGGCAUCAUCUUACACCUCUUCAACUUCACCUUCAACCUCUCCAAAUCCACUCCUCACCGAAGAAACCCAAGAAGCGCCCGCUUGCUUUGUUGGAUCCUUAUCGGAAAUAGGAGACGAAGAUGCUGAGGAUAAAGUUCGCUCCAUGGCAGAAAGGGAAAGUAGAGUUGGAGACUUUUACCUUUCCCGGUCUGAAGAGAGUGCCUUUAUUUCGGAUAUAACGGGGAUGGCCAUUUUGGAAGAGGAAGAGACUAACGCUGAGGAGGAGAUGAAAGCUUCAAGGGGAAGUUGUCGUCCAAGUUGGGUGACUGAAGAUAUUUCCCCUCUCAGGAGCAGUAGCAGUCGCAGUAGUGACUCCCAAGAGGAUGGUGUGGAGUCUGAAGUUGAGGCGGCUUGUGCCAACAACAUCCUGGGUGACGACCAAAUGAUUCCUGCGUCGCUUCUUGGGUUCCCUCCACACACCAACCUCAUCUUCAGAGCAGAUUCAAUGGAGAUCAUGCUUUUCCCCACUGAAGAAGAAAUGGAAGAUAUGAAUGAGAGGAAUGACGCAUAUGGAGCUGGAGAGGAAGAGGCUGAUGUUGACGAAGACGACGAAGAUGAUGAAGACUAUGCCAUUGGAAGUACAGAUUGUCUAGAUGUUGAGCUUGACGAGGGUGCGAUUCAGGAAGAUAAUCUGGAAGUGAAUCAGGAAGUGAACCAGGAAGCAAAUCAGGAAGUAAAUGUUGAAGUGGAAGUGGUUGGGGAGGAAAAUCAGGCUGUUGUUGAUGAUGAAGAGGAUGACGAUGAUGAUGAAGACUCAGACAGCAAAGGGCAUGAUUAUCCCACAGAUGACAGCUCCUUUCUCCACUCUCUCUCAGAAAUAUCCAUCAAUGAAAGUUUGGAUGAAUCUUUCUGCUACCAUGACGAUACAGAUGACUCACUGGAUUCUGCCUCUUUUAAUGCAACAAAUGUAAAGCCUCAUGCAGAAAUCAUGCAAGAACAAGUGCGAUUUAUAGACGCUGGAUUGGCUGAGGAAGACACAGACAGUGAAGAUGAUAGCAGACCGCCUAUGCACAGACCUCGGGCCAAAGGAAUUGUGGGAAAUAAACUGCAUCAAGACUCAAGUCAACAAGCAAUCCAGCCAUACACUUCAGUGAUGGACCGGCACGGAGGAUGUCCCAUAAAUCAUAGCUACAGAGACCCAUGUAACCUCGCUUUGAAAAGCAGUUAUUUGACGUCCUGUAACGAGUCCGAGAGCGAGGAGUCGGUCCCUGAGCUGGAGGAGGCGGAGCCGCUGAGGCCAGAGCUUCAUUCGUUUUCCUCUGAGCUGAAUCGUCCCAAGCAAAGCCGCAGCGAGAAGAAGGCUCGAAAGGCCAUGUCCAAACUGGGUCUCAAGCCGGUCCACGGUGUGACGAGGAUCACCAUCAGGAAGUCCAAAAGUAUUCUGUUUGUCAUAAGCCGACCUGACGUUUUCAAAAGUCCUGCCUCUGACAUCUACAUCGUGUUCGGAGAAGCUAAGAUUGAGGACCUAUCCCAACAAGCCCACAAAGCCGCUGCAGAGAAGUUCAAAGUUCCAGUGACGUCAGCUCCACUGGCCCCGCCCGUCCCCCCCACGCUCAGCAUUCAAGAGCAGACAGACGACGAAGAGGAGGAAGAGGUGGACGAGGGCGGGCUGGAGCACAGGGACAUAGAGCUGGUCAUGGCUCAGGCCAACGUCUCUCGGGCCAAAGCCGUGCGGGCGCUCAAACACAACAAGAACGACAUUGUGAAUGCCAUCAUGGAGUUGACCAUGUGA